CAUGUUAGGUGUGGCCGGAAGUUUCCGCGGACGUCAUCUUGGGUGUCGCCGGAAGAGUGGAGUUGCCAUCUUGCCCGCAGCGUGGGGGGCGAGUGGCGGCGGCCAUGUUAGGCAGGGACUCAAGGGCGCGAGAUCCGAGCUGUGGAAACAGCAAUAAUUUCAGCUCCUGGGUGCUGGACAGACUGCGCUGGAGAAGGCUGGAGAGGAGGCACCGUUGUCUACAUGAGAGAGACUCACGCACGAUGAUUCUGGCCUCAGUGAAGAUGUUCUGCCGCGGGGGCUUAGCUCCUAGCUGGAGGCUGGCAGCUGCCAGGAGAGCACUUGACUGGCAGCCGCGCCGGGGUCACCGCCUCACCCCUGCAGACGACGAGCUUUACCAGAAGACAAUGCUGAAGGUGCUGGAGCAGGACUCCUCCAACAUGACGUUCAUACACAGCUACAGCAGCCGGGGCUUCACCAUCAAUGGGAACAAGGUGGUGGGGCCCUGCGCCAUCAUCCCACGCGCCAUCCUGCAGUGGAAUGUUGGCUCUUACCAGGACAUCACCAAGGAGAGCCUGGUGCUGUUUCGGCUGCUGGAGCCGAGAAUAGAAAUUCUGGUGCUGGGCGUAGGGAACAAGGUGGAGCGGCUGGAGCCUGGUGUCCUGAAGUUCAUGAGGGAAUGUGGGAUCGCUGUGGAGGUGCAGGACACGCCUAAUGCUUGUGCAACGUUCAACUUCCUGACAAGCGAGCGUCGGGUGACCGCGGCUGCCCUCAUCCCCCCCAGUGCUGGCAGAGCCCUGAUGUAGCAGCAGCUCCGCAGCGGAGCCCAGCUGGCCCUUGAGACUCACACCCAGCCCGUGUACAAAGGGUUAAAUGCCUCCCUGGGACUGGACCAUGAGCUGGUAACAGGAAGGAGAAAAUGCUUCAGAAUAAAGAGUGAGCAGCUGCCCUGCA